UCUUCGAGUAAAACAAGUGGUGAUUUGCACUGCCAAUGGAGCCAUCAUGUCAGCUGGGGCUCCUUGGCUCCAUGUCACACAUGUGAAGAAAUGAGAGAGGCGGGGCCAAAGCACAUCUGGAUGAAAAACAUCUGGAGGUCUCCGUCUCUCUCUGCUCACACAGAGGCAGAACAUGUAGAUCUAACGACACAUUAACUGGGUUUCUCCCACACAAAAUGGCUCGGUGCUGGACGCUUUGGACCGGGAUCCUCCUGGCAGCCGGUACCGUCCAAUCUUUGGGGGGUUACAUCUUGUGUAAGUGGUGCGAUGUGUCCACGCCCAAGUGCAAAGACAACAUUUGUUUCAGUAACUGCAACCUGACGUCCUUCUGCAACUCCAAUGAGGAUAUCUGCAUUUCUAUUUGGAGGAAGACAAACGACUCGUUGACAGUGCAAACGAUGUGCCAUGACCCAGCACUACCCCUAGAUGGUGUUGAUCCAGUAUUGUUACUGACUAUCACCUCAAGGGAAUGUCAUAUGGUCCCACAGCCUGCAGUGGACGGGACCAUGAUGGUCUGUGGAUGCCAAGGUGGAGAGGAAUGUAAUGACAAGCUCAUCUUUAGCAAGGAAUUCAAUGGUUUUUCUAGGUUGGAAAGUAAAGAUGUUAUCGCAGUGGUAGUGAUCAGUUUGGUACCUCUAGUCCUGGUGGUCAUAGUGGCCACUGCUGCCUUCUAUUUCCACCGGAUACGCCGCCCCGAGUGGCCCACCAAAUGCACCCCAGAGCUCUAUCGGGCUUUGAACAUGCCACAUGAUGGACCAGGUCCAAAGGAUGAAGGUGGAGGGGAGGCCCUGGUGGCUCUUGAAAUUGAACAUACCAAAGAGCUAAGUCUAAACAAUGACAGUAUCAGUUACAGGUCAGACUGGCAGCUAAAAGAACUGCCCAUUAAGCUGGAUCAACUGGUGGGGAAGGGACGCUUUGCUGAGGUGUGGAGGGCACGACUGCUGCAUAGCAAGAAAGGGGGAGUUAACAGUUAUGAAACUGUGGCAGUAAAGGUAUUCCCAAGCAAGGAGUAUGCCUCUUGGAGAAACGAGUGCUCUAUCUUCUCUGACACUACGCUGCAACAUGACAACAUAGUUCAGUUCUUCGCAGCUGAAGAGAGGGGCCCAGCCUUCCCCCCAACCUACUGGUUGGUCUUGGCCUACUACAGCCUCGGAAAUCUGCAGGACUUCCUUUCAACUAAUAUAAUGAGCUGGGAGGAGCUACUUGCCAUGGCAGGGAGCAUCGCAAAAGGAUUAUCUCACCUCCACAGUGACACAACAACCAGUGGGGUUCCAAAGGUACCGGUUGCCCAUCGAGACCUGAAGAGCAGCAACGUUGUGGUGAAGAACAGGAAGGAGUGUGCCCUGUGUGACUUUGGCCUGGCGUUGCGGCUGGAUCUCUCCCUUACAGUCGACGACUACGCCAACAGUGGACAGGUGGGAACAGCUCGAUACAUGGCACCUGAGGUACUCGAGUCCAGAGUGAACCUAGAAGAUCUUGAGGCCUUUAAACAGAUGGAUGUGUACUCCAUGGCUAUGCUCCUUUGGGAGAUGGCCUCUCGGUGUGAGGUCAUUGGAGAGGUGAAGAGCUAUGAGCCAGCGUUUGGCUUCAAAGUCUGCGAGCAGCCCUCCGUAGACAGCAUGAGGGACCUGGUUCUGAGGGACAGAGGGCGGCCGGACAUCCCACCAACGUGGACACAGCACCAGGGAAUGAAUGUCUUCUGUUCUACCAUCACAGAGUGCUGGGAUCAUGACCCAGAGGCCAGAUUAACAGUUCACUGUGUGGGGGAGCGCCUUAACGCCCUGCAGCGGGGUGAGGAGUGGUAAUAUGGUGAGGAUGUUAGGGAGGGAGAUGAGGAGAGAGUUUGGCAGGUGAAAGAAGAGAAGGAAAGGUGAAACUCAGAGUCCAAAAAUAAAUCACAAUAUAAUUUCCAGCUAAGUCAGGCUGCCAUAGAUUUGAACGGAUAUGGUGGAAAAAUUCCACAGCAUGAGGAUUACAAGAUGCUGCAUACAUCUCCACCAGUAAGUAUUCACUCCCCUUCACUUUUUCCCUACUUUAUGUCACAGAUUUAUUCUAAAAUAAAUAUUUUUUUAGGACAAUAUUUCACAGUUGGAGGUGCAUAUUGGAGCAAAAACCAAUGAUGCAAAGUUUUUUUCAAACACAUCUUAGAAAUGGUCAUGCCAGAAGAAAAAACGUUCUCUACUCUAAUUAACCAUAAGAGAACAUUUUGGUCUGAACUCAAAGUUUACUUGGAGAUAAACAGGCACUGCUCAUCACCUGGCUACCACUGUUCCUAAUAUCAAGCAUGGUGGUGAUUGCUUCAUGCUGUGGGGAUGGUUUUCUGCAGCAUGAGGUGGGUGACUAGGCUGCAUAGAAGGUAAGACAGAAGGUAAGACUGCAAAAAAACCCUGCUCCAGAGGACUGUAGAACUCACACUAAUGCAACAAUUUGUCUUCUAGCACCAAAAUGACCCAAAGCACACAAUCAAAAGAACUAAGGAGUGGCUUCAGGAGCAGUCAGUGCAUGUCCUUGAGUGGCCUGGCCAAUGCCUGGACUUCUCUGGAAAGACUUAAAAGUGGCUAACUGACGCUGCCCAUCCUACCUGAUGGAGCUUGAGAGGAUCUGCAGAGAAGAAUGGGAGUAAAUACCCAGGUGUACCAAGCUUAUAGAGACAUUCCCAAGUAGACUUGAGGCUGUCAUUGCUUCCAACGUUGCUUCCACAAACUAUAAAGCCAUUGGUGGGAAUACUUAUGUACCCAUUAUUUUUAAAUGCAAACAUUUUAAGAAAUUUACUAAAAUGUCUGAAAGCAUGUUUUCACAAUACUUACUUCUUUGUUUCAUUUUUUAAAGGAAAAAAAAAAUCUGAUUGGUUUUAGAAUGAGUCUUUAACAUGUGGAAAAAGUGAAUGGGUGUGAAGACUUUCAAUUCUAUGACUUUUCCAUCAGCUCUCUGAUUGUGAAUUUAAAUAUAAAAAAAACUAUGGCAGCCUGUUAUUCCAAACAAACCUCACAUUUGUAAUAAGCUUAAGCUUCUGGUUUCAAUAAAGUGAAUCCUGUGUCUCAUAAAUAAAUUGUACCCAACUAAAAGUAGGUAGAUCAGGAUUUAACUUGGCUGCCUCCCCUCCUGUGGUUGCCUUUAGACCGUUGUCCUGCAGAGGGAGCUGCUUUUCACAAGCUCACCAACUCACCAGCAUUACUACAGUUUAGAAUGAUUUAAGCAUAAAUACCUGAAGUCGGGUUCUUCCUGUCUUUUGAAUCAGAGGCCUGAACCCAACCACUGUUGUUAUUAUGUGAACCCCACCCACCUAAACUGGACUUUGGGUUUCAUCCCAGCUUUUGGCCAAAGUCAAAGUGGUUCCUAUUUCUUCUUUGAAUACUAAGUUACAUGCUUGCUUUGUAAAGAUUUCUUAAUCUAAGUAAAUGCAGCAACUCUUA